AUGUGGCGAACCAUAGGCCUACGCUCAACCUACAACGGAGAAGUUUCUAGUGCUAAGGCCGUGGUUAGGAGAAAUGAUAUGACACAACCAGGCAGAGGUGGACCACGAGGUAGGGGAAGCCCCAGGGGUUCCCCCCGAGGGCCUGCACCUCCAGCAACACAGUGGGUUCCUGGGGGAACCCAAUAUCCUACACCUGCUGGAGUUCAACCGCCCCCUCCACCCAGAGCUACAGCCCAAAUUAAGGCAGACCCAGGGCAGACCCAAAAUCCAGCACCCAUUGGAGUUCAAUGCAUUCCUCCUGAUGCUGCAAAUCAAAUAAUGGGAUCUCCAGCAAGAAAUCCAUCUUCUGCUGACCAAACUGUUAUCAAAACAGAAAAUCCGGUUCUGGUAACUCAAGAAAAUUCUCCUGCUCAGCAGGACGUUGAUGCUGCUCUCAGUGCACAAGAACAGCAAAAUGCAAGCAUGGACACUGGCACCAACCUUCCAAAUCCUGCUGGUGUGAAAAGAGGUGCAGAAGAUCCACAAUCAGAGCCAAAGAGAAAGAAAUUUAGAAAAGCUUUUACUGGUCCUGUUAAACUUCCUGCCAUGAAGCUCCAAGAACUCCGUAAAGGUGUCACUUUUGAGUACCUACCUCCCGAAGGUCCUGUACAUGCUCCUUCCUUCACCUGCAUUGCCAAAGUUGAGGAUCAUGGAGAUUAUGUUGGGAAGGCCAGCUCCAAAAAAAUGUCAAAGCAUGCGGCAUCAGAAGCUGUUUUGCGAGACUUGUAUCCCAGCUCAGAGCUGCUAGAUGUAAUCUGGGUGGGAGAGAAGUCAGAAUCUCCAGAUUUCUCCUCAGACACUAUGGAAAGUGAUGGAUUCAUUGGUGUAAAAAAGACGAAGACUGUCAUCACUGCAGCUUUGCAAGGAGAUUCUAAGAGUGUUGUGAAUCUUCAUCCAGAUGAGAAGAAUCCUGCUCAACUGUUGAAUGAAGUCAGAAGGAGUAAAAGACUGGCAAAGGCAUCAGCAGCAAGAGCAGCACUGAUUGGGCAAUAUGGAAUCAUUCCAAAAUCUGAUCCUGAAGAAAAUGGCCAGGGAACUCCAGAGGGAAGACCACCAAUUACGGCAAAGGCUGCACAGGCUGAUGUGACCAAGCAUCCAACCAUGCUCUUGAAUGAAAAAAGGCCUGGGGUUGUGUAUGACCUAAUAUCAGAGACAAGGGAUGCUAACAGGCACCCAACCUUCACCAUGAAGGUUACAGUGGAUGGAGUAGAGUAUACUGGCCAAGGUCCCAACAAGAGAGCUGCCAAAGCUGCUGCAGCCCGUGUUGCACUAUCAGAGCUCUUUGGUAUGAAAUUCAGUCCUCUAGACUUGAACCCUGUGUCACAGGGGAUUGAUACCUCUGAGGGAGACCAAGAAGGAAUGGAUAUGCCAUCAAUAGUGGCAGAUAACCUGGUGUUACAAAAAUGUGACGAAUUGACUGCUAGAAAUGAGGUGCUUCAGAGGCGCAAAGUUGUGGCUGGUGUGGUGAUGUCAAAGGAGUCCUCAUUUGAUGUGAAAGGAGAGGACUUGGAACCUGAAGUGGUUGCUGUGGCUACUGGGACAAAAACACUGGAAGGGUCACAGAUCAGCAAUCAAGGAAACACUCUCAAUGAUUGUCAUGGGGAAGUUCUCUGCCGCCGUGCCUUUGUCCAUUAUCUAUAUACACAGCUUGAAAAGGCACUUAAUACAAAUACAGCAUCAGAGUCCAUCCUGGAACGAAGACCAGAUGGGAAAUACAUGGUGAAACCAGGAAUAAAGUUUCAUAUCUACAUCAGCACUGCUCCUUGUGGGGAUGCUCGGUCGUGUCCUUCGGCAUACAACCGUAUAUUAUUACAGCCCUGGUGCUCUCCAGCCAUGAACCAGCCCUACCCUCUUACUAAGGAGCAAGUUCGCCUGCUUCUUCUUUAUGACUUCCGAAUCAAGAAGAAGGCAGCCAAUUCCAUCGCUGACAUCAAUACCGCGUUUGGCCCGGACACUGUGUCCAAGAGCACUGCCUAUGAUUGGUACAGUCGCUUCCAGAAAGGAAAUGAAAGCCUGGAAGACCAGCCACGCACCGGUCGUCCUUCGGAGUUUGAUAACUCUGCCUUGCAGGAGGCACUGGAGGCCAACAACCGGCAAACAUCGCGAGAGCUUGCGGACUUGCUGGGUGUCUCCCAUACAACUAUCCUUCAUCAUCUGGCUGAGCUUGGCAAGAAGGCAAAAAUUUUCUCUGUGAAUGCUCAUGACAUGGGCUUGACGGCAGAAGAUACCCAUCCAAAUCGGAGCACUCGGGGAGUCCUCCGCAACAAGAUAGAAAGUGGGGAGGGGACAAUUCCUGUUCGGCCUGAAGAGGCAGUUCAAACUUGGGAUGGAAUCAUAGCAGGUGGAAGGCUGCUGACAAUGUCUUGCUCAGACAAAAUGUGCCUCUGGAAUUUAGUUGGAGUUCAAGGGGCUCUCCUUUCUUACUUCUUGGAACCCAUUCGAUAUCACACACUUAUCAUUGGCACAUAUUUUCAUCCUGUUCAUCUCAGAAGAGCUCUGCACAAUCGUAUCAAAGGAUAUGUGUGUAACCUACCUCCAGGGUAUGUCUUAGAAAUGCCCAACAUUGCACAGGUGUCAUCUCCAGAGUGUCGUCGUGCUAUGAGGAGUCCCUCUGCUGGAAUAAAUUGGUACAAAGGUGCUAACUUGGAGUCAGUUAAUGCAAGUUCAGGGCAGUUACUGGACAAGCCUGCACCAUCUCGUCUCUGCAAGCGCAAUACCUUUGUUCGCUGGCUUGGACUUGCUCUCAAACACCCAGACCUCAUCCCCCAACCUUCCAGCUUGUAUUCAGAAGCCAAAGAAGGAGCUACAGCCUACCAGGCUGCUAAGAAAGCUGUGAUUAAGGCGUUUGGAGAUGCUGGUUUGGGGAAGUGGGCUGUCAAACCAUUAGAGGUGGAUGAGUUUUCUAUUGUUCUGGACAAGGUGGUAGCUGGAGAUUAUAUGUGUGGAACUCCCGAGAGACCUUCAGAAUGUCCACGUCUUGACAUUCUUGUCAAAGGGAGGGAUCGUACCAAAUUUUUUGGCAGGCCCCUGGUUUCCUUCCCCUACUCCUGCAUUCAUUUUGCCAAGGAAAAGGAUAGUGAGAAUAUGCAUGCUGGAUACAGGAUGAAAUCAGAUGGGUUUUCAUUAGAAGCAGGAAAAUUGAGGACGUGUGGGACCCAGACAGACUAUCGAGAGUCUGAGGCCCAAACAGACCCUGCCUUCUUUCCUCGCAUCAGCAUCUUAUCUGAACGCCCUACUCCAUAUCCUCACCUUUUCUCCACAUCACCCAUGGAAGCAGAUGGAGAGGAGUUCUUGGAAAAGCUUCAGCUUACUCACAUGCUUCAAGAUUCUCUUGAUUUUGGAGAUUCAUCAUGGAAAGCAUGGCUAUGCAGGGAACAGGAAACAGGAGAGCUUUUAGAAAGGCGAAGGAAUGUGCUGGGAUUGAUCCUCCAUAGUAGUCAGAAAUACUGGAGGGAGAGAAGCCAUAAAGAUUUUCAUUUGGAGGAACGCAAGCAGGCCUUGAGAUCCAAGAUCUCAGACAAGAGGGAUGCCAGUCUUAGACUCAUCAAUGCAGAUUAUAUGAGAAAUAAUAUUCCUUGGUCUAGUGCCAUUGCCAAGAUAUCAAUCCACCUUCAAAUAGAAGUGAAACGGUUGGAGAAGGAACACAUGGACCGAACAACUUGGAAGCUUCCUGAUAUCGGAAAACCAUUCAAGAAUGAACGAAGAGUAGGCACAGUGACUGGAGCAAGGUCAUCAUUCCAAAAGACAAGAGACCUCUCUUCUGAUUGUGAGAAUUUGCAAGGCCUCGCAUCCCUAGAGGGUCUUCCUCCCCUCCCCAAAAGCCUCAGCUCCAUGUUGGAGGCAGACCCAGGGAUGGUGAUGCACUGGUCUGAGUUUGCAGGUGCCCCUCCACUCCUCAUUGAGCCCAAAGGCUCAAGCAGUUCGUCAAGUUGCACGACACCAACCACUCAGCCAAGACGAGGGUCUCCACGCAACAGCAGUGGUUCAUCAGUUGGCUCAGCUUCUCUUGGCAAGAGCCGAACACCAUUUGCGUCACGUCGUACUGGCAGUACCUCUUCCCUUGAUGCUGGUCCGUCCCGGCCUUCCCCCAUUUUCAAUGGUGCUUCAAAGGGCACUCAUAAAGGAGGAAGUGUGAGUUCUGGGAUCGGCAGUGAUUCAUCAUCCAUGUCACCAUUACCACCUGGUCAUGGUGGAAAGAAGCACCCUCCACCAGUACCACCCCGCACAGGGAAGGUUGCUCCUCCAACCAAACCACCUAAUCCACCUCCCCCUAUCCCUCUUCAACAUCGAAUGGAGAGCUUGGAAACCAAGCUCAAUGAACUCAGGAGGGAAAUGGCUAGUCUUCGUCAGAUGGACAUGAGUCUCCUUCAUGAACUGUGGAACAUCAAUUCUUCAGUUCAUGAAAUGAAGGAGAUGAUUUGGUACGACGGCUAUGAGGAGGAAGACGAGGAGACAGACUCAUAUUCUUCCCAGGAACUUGGUGGUGCUAAUUACGAUCCCUCCUACCGUCUGGAUCUCAACAAUUACUCGUUGGAAGAUGGAAGAGGAAGAGGAUAUCCUGCAACAUCAAGGGGCUAUAACUCAAGUCAUGGACCUGGCAGCGGUCGAACCGCCCAGGGUCAUCCCGUCAUUUGCAAAUGUGUACAGCUCCUGCAGAUGUCUUUCAUCGCGUUUGUGAAUGUUUUUGUCACCGAUUUGAUCCGUGUAAAAAUCUCUAUGGCAUGCAGCUUGAACAUCUCAUAUGAUGUAAGGUAUUUUGAUCCACUCUGUGCAGACUUAAUAGGGCGGAAUCGUCUCGUGUGGUCGUCACACCGGGUCGGGAAUCGAGAGGUCGCCGGGUACGAUAGGGCCGGCAUGCGGUUCUGGCAUGACAUCAAUGACGACCGGAACUAUUUACGCAUUUUCGAACGAGUGGCUGUUGGAAGAAGUAACAGGAAAACGGUUCCUCCGCAUGGCAAAUUGAUUACAACGCAAGUGUAA